CCCGGAUUGGCGGGUCUCGCUGACCACUCAGGAAAGGCCCAGGCUCCCGUCGAGCCCGGGGAGUCGAGCUGAGCCUGGCCGAGCGGGGCCCCAGCUGGCGGCCCCGGCCUAGACCCUGCGAGCGCCGCGGGGCACUCCCGGCCGAGGCCUUCAGAGGGCUACCCCGCGCGGGGAUGGGGCCCCCGAGGGCAGGCACCUCGGGGUCCUGUCCCUUGCAGGGUGCCAGGGCCAGCUGGGGAUGCGUCCGGGUUCCCCCGACCCUUGGGCUGAGUUUCUCAGCGCUCAGGCUCGGGAGUGACGGGCUUGCCCGUCAUGAAUGUUUCUACACUCAGGAGUGCACCUCACAGUCUUCUAUAAUCUCCGGAGUGAAAUUCCCUGUGAACAGGAUUCUAACUUGGAGGGACCAUGGAGCAGUAUACAGCGAACAGCAAUAGUUCAACGGAGCAGAUUGUUGUACAGGCUGGUCCGAUUCAGCAGCAGCUCUUCCUGUUCCUGUUCUCAGCAGCAGGGUGGUGUCACUGCUGUCCAGUUGCAGACUGAGGCCCAGGUGGCAUCCGCCUCAGGCCAGCAAGUCCAGACCCUCCAGGUCCAGGGGCAGCCAUUAAUGGUGCAGGUCAGUGGAGGCCAGUUAAUCACAUCAACUGGCCAACCCAUCAUGGUCCAGGCUGUCCCUGGUGGACAAGGUCAAACCAUCAUGCAAGUACCUGUAUCUGGGUCCCAGGGUUUGCAGCAGAUCCAAUUGGUCCCACCUGGACAGAUCCAGAUCCAGGGUGGGCAGGCUGUGCAGGUGCAGGGCCAGCAGGGCCAAACCCAGCAGAUCAUCAUCCAGCAGCCCCAGACAGCCGUUACUGCUGGCCAGAGCCAGACACAGCAGCAAAUUGCUGUCCAGGGGCAGCAAGUGGCACAGACUGCUGAAGGGCAAACCAUCGUUUAUCAGCCAGUUAAUGCAGACGGUACCAUUCUCCAGCAAGUUACAGUCCCUGUUUCAGGCAUGAUCACCAUCCCAGCGGCAAGUUUGGCAGGAGCACAGAUUGUUCAGACAGGAGCCAACACCAAUACAACCAGCAGUGGACAAGGGACUGUCACUGUGACACUACCAGUGGCAGGCAAUGUGGUCAAUUCAGGAGGGAUGGUCAUGAUGGUGCCUGGUGCUGGGUCUGUGCCUGCUAUCCAAAGAAUCCCUCUACCUGGGGCAGAGAUGCUCGAAGAAGAGCCUCUCUAUGUGAAUGCCAAACAGUAUCACCGCAUACUUAAGAGGAGGCAAGCCCGAGCCAAACUAGAGGCAGAAGGGAAAAUUCCAAAGGAAAGAAGGAAAUAUCUGCAUGAGUCUCGGCACCGUCAUGCCAUGGCACGGAAGCGUGGUGAAGGUGGGCGAUUUUUCUCUCCGAAAGAAAAGGAUAGUCCUCAUAUGCAGGAUCCAAACCAAGCAGAUGAAGAAGCAAUGACACAGAUCAUCCGAGUGUCCUAACCCCAGGCCAUGUGAUGGAGAUGAUCAAGGUCAUGUUCCUCACCACUGUUCCAGGAAAUUGAUCACUUCUUCCGAUGGGACACUGAUGAUCACAUUCUGCCCUUUUCUACAGGACAGAAACCCACUUAGUUUUUCAAAGUGGCUUGGUAUUAUAAUUGCAGCAGUGUCUGGCAAAUUGAAGUUGCAAGGCUUUGUCUCACCCUUUCAGUCAGGACCUAUUUUAGACUGUUGACAUUGACGUUUCAUGGACUAGGAUGAUGCAAGGGACUCAUGCCAGCCCAACAGUACCACACACAGCACUUAGAUGUUGACUGGUGAAGCCAGCCAGCCGUCUGAGCAGGGGAGAACAACCUUCUCAAGCUAAACUACAAUCCGGGAAGCUGCAGCCCACUCCUUCCCAUGGAAUCUAAACACCAUCUCAGGCUAAGUGAAUGGAUACUGUAUUCAGAGAUGACUUCCAGGCAUGGAAGUUAAAUCUCAUAAUAUGGAAAUAAUAAAUUCUCUGAGAUACAUUCAUCUAAUCUGUGGUAAUAAUAAGAAUCUCUGUCUGCCAAGAUGAUAGGUUGGUAUUUUUGGACUCGAAGCCAAGAAAAAGCUAAUUCUGGGGAUAGAAUGAUAAAAGAAUCAAGCACUAAAAAUAAUUGCUGAAUCUUUUUUCGUUUUGGCCAGUUGUGGUCUGCUUGUCAAUUUGUUGACAGGUCAUCUGGACCAUAGUUCUUACUAUGGCUACUUGUAAGACAAUUUAGAAGGUAUUGGACCUUGAAACUUCCUUUCCUAAAUAGAGAACAAAACAAUACAACUAUGCUGAAGUGCUGAGGACAUUUGUAGUAACUCCUAAACAGAGAGGCAAACUAGAGAUUUUCAGUCAUAGGCUUGGUGACAGCAUUUGGAAAAUAGAAGGGUUUGUGUGUGUUUCAGCCUAGAAGAAGAAGAGAGAGAGGUAUAUAUAUAUAUAUACACCCAUGUGUUGUCAUAUAGCAUGAUUCUUCAGUUGAUGGAUGCCUGGGAUGGAUCAUUAAGAUGAAGAGACUAAUUUACAUUAUAAUCUUUUUAACAACUGAAAGAGAGAAGUCUGAGAUUUGGUCUUUGACACUUUCUGGAAAGCACUGUUCAAUCAAGCUGUCCUGGAUGUUCUCCAGGUUACCUCCUAGACUUAACGUGGAUGUUGGCUUCACUCCUGCAAGUGCUUUGUGCUGGCCCCAGAAAACGGACAUUCUCAUGUUUCCCAUGGCAGCUGACUAGUUGGUGCCAGCUUCCAUUUGCUUCCCCCCUUUCUUCACAUGUCUUGUGCAGCAAGGUUUUCACAUUGCGUCUACAUUUUGGGGACAAAUUACAGACUGGAACUAGAGAUGCCUAUAGUGUAAGGAAUUGGGCUACAGUUCCCAGAAUGGGUUGUGUCUCAUUUCUUUUCUAUAUGUUGAACCCUGGUAGAAGUAAGGUGAUACUUCAGAAGAGUUUCUGCCUACCUGGAAACAAAGAAGGAAAACUUAAUUCUUUUUGACUUAAAUACCAAGAGUAAAGAUUGGCUCUUUUUAUAUUUUACUCUAAUUGUAUUAAGAGAGAAAAAUAUUUCGCUCUCUAAAGAAAACAUCAUAAGCAUUGUAAUGGUCUAAAUAGAGGUACAGAGCUAUGCAAAGAAAGCAGGAAGUGAAAUAUAUUUCUAAUUCCUGGAAUCGAAUCAUCUCCUGGCUUCCAGAUGUCAGGAAUGGAGGACUUAUUCUUUGGUAGACUCGCUAGAAACUUCUGGCUCAUAACAUGAGUUUUAGAUGUUAACUUUAUCCAGUAAUUCCCAAAUUUGUCAAAUGACAGAUUACUAAAAACAAUGAGAAAUUUAUAUCCCUUGGUUUGUUCAGGAAUCUUUAAGGUGCAGAGUUCAGAAAGAGAUUCCUCAGACCUAAUUUCUAGUACUUAAGCCAAUAGUUCUAAAAUGCUAUUUAUUUGUGUCUAAGUUUGUACAUAAUUCCAGCCUCAUUGUUGCGGAAUUAUUUUUUCAUGCAUUUGAGUUUUGCUUGAAAUUAAAUGCUUCAGUUGUCAUUGCA